CUUUCUCAAUUUCUUUAUAUCUCUAUACCCCGAUACACUUUCUUGCACUUCCUUCCUUAUUUCUUCUCUUCUGAUUGCUUUCCUCUUUCUUCUGUCACAUCUUCAACACAAUACAAAACUUGUGGGAUACAUAAAAACCUCUAGUUUUACUAGAUAUAUAUAGCUUCCCUCCUUUUCAGCCCUUAUUAAUACCACCUUUAUUUUUCUAUAUCCAUCUCCAUCUCUUAUUUAUUGUUCAAUCAAGAGACAGAGAGAAAGCACACGAGUUAAGGGUUAUUUUCUUGAAACAUUGUAGAGUUACAGCUAAUCAAUAAGUAAAAACCUACAAGAAAAUGUCUAACAGGAGAUCAAGACAAUCUUCAAGUGCUCUGAGGAUCUCCGAUGAUCAGAUGAUCGACCUUGUUAGUAAGCUUUGUCAGCUUUUGCCCGAGAUUCGUGAACGGCGCCGUUCUGAUAAGGUGUCAGCAUCAAAGGUACUUCAAGAGACAUGCAACUAUAUAAGAAAGCUGCAUCGAGAAGUUGACAAUCUCAGUGACCGUUUGUCGCAGCUCCUGGACGCCGUUGAUGAAGAUAGCCAUGAAGCUUCCGUCAUUAGAAGCUUGCUCAUGUAACCUUCCAAUAUAUGUACUUAUUAUAAUUUUUACCAUAUAUAUUUAUUAUAUCUGUAAUCGUGAUUGUCCUUAAUAUAUUUAUUAUAAACUUCUGAAUUUUGGUCCA